GGAAGAGACGGGCACAGGAGAGCUGGUCUGCUGGCUCUUUUCACACCUCAAACGGCCUUUUUUCUCACUCUUUUGUGCUGGAAACUAUCAGCGGGCUGUGAGUGAGAGUGAACCCGAGCUGAGGCGCCGCUGCUGUCCGCCCCGCAUGGCUCCUGAUCCGCUGGGAACUUCUCCGUAGAGCCGUGCGGGUCUGGUGCGUUUUGGAGGAGGAAGGGGGGCUGCUGGCUGGAUUAUCACACAGAUACUGCACACAAAAGCCCAGUGGACAAAAACGCUGUGCCGGAGCCCGGGCCUGGCUGCGGGUCGCGUUGGUUUUACGCAGCGCUUCUUUACCUUUUAUAUUUUAAAUGUUGGAGGAGGAUCCUGGGGACAGCAGGAGUGAACCUGGCGGCGCAGCGGCGACCGCCUCCAACUAGAGGGAAUAUGUGGCUCUCGUGGCUGACUUCUGCACUUCUGCUAGGAACUUUGUGUGCAGGACUGAGCCGCGGGGAGGCCAACACCAGGGACUGUUUGUACUACAAUGUCAACUUUGAGAUCGAGAAGACUAAUCAAAGCGGAGUGGAGCGCUGCGAGGGCGAGAAGGACAAACGCUCGCACUGCUACGCCUCCUGGAGGAACAACUCAGGCUCGAUCGAGCUGGUGAAGAAAGGCUGCUGGCUGGACGACUUCAACUGCUACGACCGGCAGGAGUGUGUGGCCACAGAAGAGAGUCCGCAAGUGUUCUUCUGCUGCUGUGAAGGAAACUUUUGCAAUGAAAGGUUCACACACCUGCCUGACAUCACCGGACCAUUGAUCAAAGCCCCACCCCCCAGCGCUGGCAUGUUAAACCUGAUGGUUUACUGCCUGCUGCCUGUCACCAUGCUGUCCGUCGCUCUGCUCACCGCCAUGUGGAUGUACAGACACAGGAAACCUCCGUAUGGACAUGUGGACAUCGCUGAGGAUCCCGGUCCUCCUCCCGCCUCCCCCUUGCUGGGUCUCAAACCUCUGCAGCUGCUGGAGGUGAAGGCCAGGGGACGCUUUGGCUGCGUCUGGAAGGCCCAGAUGAUGAACGAAUAUGUGGCUGUCAAGAUUUUCCCCAUCCAGAAUAAGGAGUCAUGGCAGAACGAAAGGGACGUGUUCCUUACUCCAGGUAUGAGGCAUGAGAACAUCCUGAGGUACAUCGCUGCAGAGAAACGAGGGAGUCACUUGGAGGCCGAGCUGUGGCUCAUCACCGAGUUCCAUGAGAGGGGCUCACUGUCAGAUUUCCUGAAGGGAAACAUUGUUAGCUGGUCCGAGCUGUGUCACAUAGCCAAGUCGAUGGCGUGCGGUCUGGCUUACCUUCACGAAGACAUCCCCCGACAAAAAGGAGAGGGACCCAAACCAGCCAUUGCCCACAGGGACUUCAAGAGUAAGAACAUAAUGCUGCGUUCAGACCUCACAGCAGUCAUCGGUGACUUUGGUCUUGCCGUUCGCUUCGAGCCAGGGGAGCCACCCGGAGAGACACAUGGACAGGUUGGAACGAGGCGUUACAUGGCUCCAGAAGUUUUAGAGGGAGCCAUCAACUUCCAGCGAGACGCCUUCCUCCGGAUUGACAUGUAUGCCAUGGGUCUGGUGCUGUGGGAGCUGGUGUCCCGCUGCAAGUCUGUGGACGGUCCAGUGGAUGAGUACAUGCUACCGUUUGAGGAGGAGGUCGGUCAACAUCCAUCAUUGGAGGACCUGCAAGAGGUCGUCGUCCACAAGAAGAUGAGGCCGGCCCUCAAAGACCUGUGGCUAAAACACAGCGGUCUGGCUCAGAUCUGUGAGACAGUGGAGGAGUGCUGGGAUCAUGAUGCUGAGGCUCGAUUAUCGGCUGGGUGUGUGGAGGAGAGGAUCUGUCAGGUCCGCCGCCUCACCACCACCAUCUCCCCGCCUUCCUCUGACCACCACGCCCUGCUGGUCUCCACGCUCCCACAUGUUCCCAUGGUAACCAAUGUGGACCUACCGCCCAAAGAGUCCAGUAUAUGAGGAGGAAGUAAGAAAAGAAAACAAACAAACUUGUUUUGGAGGCCUGACGUUACCGGUGAAGUUCGGUUCAACUUCCUGUGAAAACAACCGAAUCUCACACAAACACACACACACACACACACACACACACACACACACACACCAUCUUUUCUCAGUGGAAUUUUACAACCUGAACCAGAAACAUGGCGUGAAAGCAGCUGCUAUUUGAUCUCUUUGGACUUCUUUUCUUUGAUUCUCUCUACGUCCGUUUUGGACAAAAAUUACCAGCACACGUUCGCGUUUUUCUCAAGUUUUCCUCUUGGUCUUGAUUAAUUCGUGUUUUUUUUUUUUUGUUUUGUUAUUUUGUUUUUUUCACCAAAUGUGUGUGUGUGUGUGUGUGUGUGUGUGUGUGUGUGU